UUGUAAGAAAAUAUAGAAACUGAGUCUCCUGUUUCGUAGCGAGUACAAAUAUCUAAGUAUAGAUUGUAUGCUUCCCAACAGUUGAAUUUGUUUUUAAAUUAAAUUGAACUGCGAGUUUUAAAAAUAGUAAUUUUAGUUAUUCGAUUAUAACCGUUCGUUCACAAGUGAAGCAGGAUACAAGGAGAUGAAAAACGUAUACUAUACUUUCGCUUCAUGUUAUCUGUACACCUGUAUUUGGAUGGUAGUAAGGUCGAUUGCAGGAUAAAUUCCGAAUGUAUGAUUGUGUUACAAAAAUGAAGAAUACACACUUUUUACACGUGCAGCCAAGUACAUGUAUCUAGCUCAACCAUGAAAUUUUGCACGAAAUUAAAGAUCGUUGACAUUCAGUGACAUUUCUUGUUUAUCAAAAACUGACUCCUUUGAAUAUUACAACAGUUAUAAAAUGUAUAGUGGCUGGUGCAGACUAAUAAUUGAAGUAUUUCACAUAGACAUACUGUUGAACUAAUAUCCCGCCUCUGUAAACAUAUAAAUGGAAUGUCACAAGCAGCUCCAAUCAGAUCACUUCCGGACGAAACAUCAUUUAACGAAGCUAUCCAGGCUAAGAACGCUGAUGUAUUUUUCAUGCGGUUUGGUUAUAUGAAAAACAUAACUACAAGAACAAGACAUGUGGACAAAGCUGACAAAAGAAAAGAAGCAAUUAGGAAAUUUCAACAAUUCAACGGAAUGAAUAUUACGGGAGAGCUAGACGAAGAAACCAUACAAAAAAUAAAACAGCCUCGUUGUGGAGUUGCAGACUUCAACGAGUCUUCUCGAGACAGACCGUUGCAGUUCUUUGCGCCAGGUUAUAAAUGGAGCAGGAAAAGGAUAACAUGGAAGCUAACAGGAUAUACCAAUCAGCUUCCAAACUCGACACAAAGAUUAGCUUUCGAGAGUGCGCUAAAGAAAUGGUCCGAUGUGACGUCAUUGAUAUUUGAAUACACAGAAGUCCAUCCAGAUAUAGAAAUUCUAUUUGCCAGGGGUAACCAUGGUGACGGAUCAUAUAACGCCUUUGAUGGUCCAGGAAGAGUUUUAGCGCAUGCGUUUUAUCCAGCCGAUGGUGACACCCAUUUUGAUGACGAUGAAACCUGGAUUUUCAGAUCGGGAACGGGAACAGAUCUAGAGGUUGUAGCUGCACAUGAAUUUGGACAUACCUUAGGACUUGGUCAUUCGCAAAAUACUGCUUCUUUGAUGGCGCCAUUUUAUAAAAGAAUGGACCCUGGUUGGCGACUUCACCAGGACGACAUCACAGGAAUACAAUCACUCUAUGGGUUUCCAGAAAAUCAGCUAUCAGCGCCAUUAUCUUCACCAUCGACCACUUCAUCCGGGAUUAACCAUAAACUUAUUUAUAACAUUAAAUAUAUUAUUUCAUCUAUUAUAGUUUCCAGAUAUAUUUUGGAAAUGCUAAUUUUCUGUUGAAUUUAUUUUCAAUGGAUACAAUGUGAUGAACGAAGACUGUACAAUGUAUUAUUCAGUAAAUUUCAUGAAUGGAAAAAACUUAAUUCCUGUCACCCAGAGUAUGAAAAGCAUGAUGGUUGAUAACAUAACAUUUAACCGAAGAAAAGUGAGAUGCAAUAAAAAGGAAAAUACUGCCAAUUAAACAUGAUGAAACACGACGAGAGAUGCAAAAAGGCAUUCUCUUAUUUUCUCGCGAAACUAUGGUAAACAUGGUAAACAGGCAAAAUAAUUUCAAUCGUCACUGAACAGAAUUAAAAGGUUAAUAAGAAAAUCAAUUUACUUCAAUCCUACAGUAAUUUGUCUUGCAUGUGAUACAUACAAGUCGUUCAUUUGAUAUUCUACCCGGAUAUUUAUUAUUCGGUUCUAAUUGCGCACAAGUUAAACAUUUCCUCAAAGGUAUGGAUUGCUUCGCAGUAUCAUAAAUUAACGCCAGCAUUUGUUUUCAUGUUUUUGUGAUUUUUAGAGAAACCAAACGACAGUUUUUAUAAAAAAAUUUAUUUCAGAAGUAUUUAUUAUUUUUUUCAUUUUCGUUUACUUUUAUAUGGGUUUCAAUUUCAAUGUUAUUAGUAAUUUGAUACAAAAUGCUAUAUAUAUAAUUCUGAUUGAAUAUUUUUACUCUUUCUAAUGUUUUAAAGCAUUUCUGUCUGAAACAAAUAGAUUUUACUAGUUAAAAAAAAAGUGACCCAAAAACAACAUUUUUAUCGAUCGGUACGGUUCUCGAAUACCCAUACUGUCAGAUCAUCCAUAUAUAAUUUCUACUCCUCUUCUUGACGUGUUCCUAAUUUUAUAACUCAUUCAAGCCAAAUGAAUCUUAGCAACACCAAUAAGCAACUAAUGAUGACUAGCUGUUGUUAAGUAAACAUUUCAAGAUGGCGUUUAUAUCGACUGAAACUAAUAGUUUUGCACCGUAUUGAGAAACAAUUAAAUUGAAUCAUUGAUUGUUGCUGGCUGACGGUCAGAGUAAGCAUUCUCCAGUCUUUUACAAUAACUACUUUUUUCACGAGAAAUCAGAGAAGUAAUUUAUUUUUAUUCUUCACUAUUUUUAAUGUCUGUGGAUUGAUUUUACAAAUAAAAAUUCGGUAUAUGAUUAACCUAGACCUUUUCAUGUCAAGAUAUUGAAUGUUGGCCGUCAUCGCAAGGCUUGGGUUGAUGGAAAUAAAUCGUUAAUAACAUAAAAUGGAAUCAAUUGUACUGCAUCAUAUGAGCAUUUCGACAAUACAAGCCUUUUAAGUGAUGCUCAAUGCUAAAAUGUUUGAAAAUCCAAAAGUUUAUAAAACUUUGUAAAAACCGACAAAAGUCUAGCCAAACCCGGACAAAAAUCAUAAGUUAUACACGAGAGAAAUGCAUUCCUAAAUUUCAGAUGAUUUCAUGUACUUUAUAACUAUAUAAACAAAUUACAGUUUACUUUUUUCCAUUUUUUAAUACCAGUAACGAAGUGCAUAGCUACUACGUUAGAUUAAAAAUACGGAUGCAACAGUCAGUCUCAUAAAUCCUUUUAACCACUCGUUCAUUUGAUCAACGUAUUCAUUAUGUAUAACAAGCUUUAAAAAGGUGAAAAAAUUUGCUAUAUUGUAAGGUAUACGGUUAUAUUUGCGUACCUCUUCGUGUGUUUAGGUCUAGUACAUCCAUGGAUUUCAAAUGUUUAAGUAAUUUUAGCGUUCCUGGUGAAGAUAACCCGAAAAGUGCUUCGACCUCACGAAAGAUACCAAAAGAAACAUGCAAACUCAUAAGUUUGAAUGUCCUUUGGUACAUUAUCCUCUCUUUUUCGAAAAUAAACUGACAACGCCACGGCAAAUCAAGAAAAAGAUCAAAAGACAAACAACAAUACACAAAACACAAAACACACUUCAGAAAACUAUAGAGCUAAGCAACAUGAACCCCACCGAAAACCGAGUGUGAUCUCGGGUGCCCAGGGAGGGUAAGCAGAUCCUAUUUCACAUGUGCUAGCCGUCGAUUUGCAAAAAUGAUCAAAUGUUAUUUUUCUUUACCUGACUUUCGAAAGAUCAAAUGUCAAAGGUCAAGUGCCCAAUAUUGUCCGUCACCGACUAAUUUCAACUGUGAAGCUGUUGAAAUUGCUAAGGUAAAUAUCAUCUAACACUGGUGUCGCAAAAUAUACUGAAUAGCCUUUUAAUAAACUUGAAGGCCAGCCUUAGUAUAUUAAAUACUAAGAAGGACGCUCUUAAAAAUGCCAUCUUUAUUUCGAUGUAAUAUUGUUGUACUAGGAGAAAU